CGUGGUGGUUAAAUGUUUCAGACUGGGUGUUUCCACAACAUAUAUACAUAGGGUGUAUUACACUUUUACAUUGUGUUAUAUUAGGCUUAAAUUACAUCUACAAAGAUGAUUGAGAGGGCACACACACACACACACAUAGACACACACACACACACACACAGCUCUCUCCCUCAGACGAGGGUCAACAGCUCCAGACAGACCCAGCGACCCGGUGCUGCUCCAGUCUGAACCGGUAGAGAGGAGACGGCAGAGAGGACCAGGAGGCGCAGACACAAGAAGAGACGAGGGGGAGACGUCAGCAAGAACCUCACAUGCCUUAAAGUAACCGGCUUGGACUGGAACAGGGGUCAAACAGAGGUCAAACAGGGGUCACACAGAGGUCACACUGAGGUCACACUGAGUGACAAGAACUAAUAUGUAAUGAGGGAGUGGACGGAGGUGUGUGUGAGUGUGUGUGUGUGUGUGUGUGAGUGUGUGUGUGUGUGUGAGUAUCCUGUGGCGUCUCAGCAGCAGUCAGAUAGGAGAGAGAAACGAGUGUAUAAGCAUCAGGUUAAGAGAUCAGUCAGAAUGGACCAAAAAGGAAGAAAUCCAGCCACAACAGUAGAGUGCAGUUCCUCCCCCAACCUGCAGAGAGCAGCAACCACCGGCACUAAACGUAGAAGAAGAAACCCGGAAGUGAGCCGUGUGUAAACAAGUCAUCGCGCCCGAGAAGCGGAAACCCUCCGCCAGGUUAUUAAAGUUAGAAGUGCGCGUGAAGAAGGUGAUUCUUUACACGUGACGCGCUGCGCGUGGCCGCCAUGCCGUACCUGGGCAGCGAGGACGCGGUGAGGGAGCUGAAGAGAGCCCUGUCCAACCCGCACGUCCAGGCCGACCGGCUGCGCUACCGGAACACCGUGCUCAAGGCCGUCCGGCUCCUGUCCCGCGGCGUGGACGUGUCGGCGCUGUUCGGGGACGUGGUCAUGGCGUGCUCCUCGGGGGACGCGGUCCAGAAGAAGCUGGCCUACGUGUUCCUGUGCGCAUGCGCCGCCCGGCAGCCCGAGCUGUCGCUGCUGCUCGUCAACACGCUGCGGAGGGACAGCGAGGACCGCGACCCGGCGGUGCGCCGCCUGGCGCUGAGGAGCAUGGGCAGCCUGCGGUUGCCCAGCCUGGUGCAGUACCUGCAGCAGCCUCUGGCUUCAGGCUUGAGGGACAGAGCUGCUUGUGUUCGUCGUGUUGCUGUUCUGGGCUGGGCCAAGAUCCACCAGCUGCUACCUGAGACAGACGCGUCCGUGGUGAACGAGCUGUACGGGCUGCUGAGGGACCCGGACCCCGUUGUCAUGGUGAACUGCCUCAGGGCUCUGGAGGAGGUCCUAAAGGAGGAGGGGGGCGUGGCCAUCAACAAGCCAAUCACACACCACCUCCUCAACAGGCUGAAGCAGUGUGACAUGUGGGGUCAGUGUGAGGUCCUGAGGGUCCUCCAGCGGUACCGGCCCCAGUCGGAGGACGAGCUGUUCGACAUCCUGUCCCUGCUGGACGCCUCUCUGCUCAGCCCCCACCCCCCCGUCAUGGCGGCCACGCUGAGCCUCUUCCUGGGCCUCUGCUCCGGCCUGCCCGCCGUCAGCCUGGCGGCGCUGGAGCGCGUGCGGGGCCCCCUGCUGGCCGCCUGCGGGAGCGCGUCCAGAGAGACCCGGUUCACGGCCCUGUGCCACAUACAGCUGCUGCUGCGUUCCCUCCCCGGCCUCAUGGGGGCGCACUACAAGCGUUUUUUCUGCAGCUACGCUGAGCCGGCCUACAUCAAGCAGAGGAAGAUGCAGGUGUUGGUGGAGCUGGUGAACGAUGACAACGUAGACCUGAUCCUGGACGAGCUGAGAGGAUACUGCACCGACGUCAGCCCGGACACGGCCCAGGCUGCCAUCAGCGCCAUAGGUCGUAUUGGGCGGAGCUACAGCGACAGAUGCCUGGAGAUCCUCACUGGACUGCUGGGGCUCAAACAGGAGCUCAUCACCUCUGCGGUGGUCCAGACCAUGUGUGAUCUGGUCUGGGUCUGUCCUCAGUGCAGCGACGCCGUGUGUUCGUCUCUAGAGGGAAGUGAGGACAUCCUGCAGGAGAGCCAGGGCAGGCGGGCGUUGCUGUGGCUGCUGGCCUCCUACGGGCAGCGGCUCUCUAGCGCCCCCUACACCUUGGAGGGCUUCAUCGACGGCGUGAGGAGCGAGGCCUCGCUGGGGGUCAAGAUGGAGCUGCUGACCGCCACCAUGAGGCUGUUCCUGAGCCGGCCGGCCGAGACCCAGGACAUGCUGGGCCGGCUGCUGCACUACUGCAUCGAGGAGCAGGCUGACAUGUGUGUGCGUGACCAGGCUCUUCUCUACUACCGCCUGUUGCAUUGUGGGAUAGACCAGACUCAGAAGGUCCUCCAGGGUCAGAGGUCAGACCCGUCUCUGGGCGUUCUGAUUGGCCGCCCCGCGGAGCCCAUCAACCAAUGGGCACGCAGCUUCAACACGCUGGAGCCUCUGAGGCAGACCGGCGUAGAGCCAGAGCCCGCCAGCAGGGGGAGCCCGGAACAUGUGACCUUUGACCCCAAGCUCUCAGACACACAGAGCUGCAGCCAUGGAGAGGACAUGGACCUGGGCUCAGACGCUGGCUUUACCUCCUCUGCUGAGGGCCCGGCCCCCCUCAGCCUGUCCCUGGCCCCGGCCCUGAGCCCGGAGGACUUUGAGCGUGUGUGGAUGCAGCGACGUGCAGAUCAAGGUGCUGAGGAGGAGGAGCAGGAGCAGCAGCAGGAGGAGGAGGAGGAGCAGCAGCAGGAGGAGGAGCAGGAGCAGCAGCAGGAGGAGGAGGAGGAGGAGCAGCAGCAGGAGCAGCAGCAGGGCUAUGCGUGCCUGGAACAGCACCUCCCCCUCCCGGGCCUGGCCCGCUGCCCCCCCCCCAGCCUGCAGGCGGCUAUGCAGCUGGUCCACAUCCAGACGGUGGCCUUCACGCCCCCCCACACACGGCCCUGGAGGGUCUACCUGUACACACACACACACCACACACACACCGGCAGCUCGCUCAUCACCGGAGAGCUGCUGGGCACCGGGGGGGGGGAGGGGGGGGUCAGAGUGACCCUCAGGCAGCAGCCCAGAGACCAGGAGGCGCUGGAGGCCUUCAUGUCCAUCCUCACCACCGUGCUGCACACGGUCCUCAGAGAGCAGCUGAUGUGAGCGCACACACACACACGCUGGAGGUCACCUUGGGUCAGGGUCUCCUCACAGGAAGCUUGCAACAGGAAGUGGUCAUGUCUGCCUGAGGCGCAGUGACCUCUGAGUGACCUCUGAAGGUCAAAGUCCCUUCAUAAUAAAGACCGUGGCUCCUC